GCUGGUGAUGCACUUCUUGCAUAUGCAUUUGAGCAUAUGGCAGUUGCCACAAAAGGGGUGCCUAGUGAAAGGAUUGUGAGGGUGAUUGGUGAAUUGGCUAAGUGUAUUGGCUCUGAAGGAUUGGUUGCAGGCCAGGUUGUUGAUAUAUGUUCCGAAGGAAAUUCCGACGUCGGAUUAGACCAUUUAGAGUUCAUUCACAUACACAAAACUGCUGCUUUAUUGGAGGGAUCAGUUGUUUUGGGGGCUAUAUUGGGUGGUGCAAAUGAUCAAGAAGUUGAAAAAUUGAGGAAAUUUGCUAGGUGUAUUGGGCUGUUAUUUCAAGUGGUGGAUGAUAUUCUUGAUGUCACGAAAUCUUCUCAAGAAUUGGGGAAAACUGCAGGCAAAGAUUUGUUGGCUGAUAAAACUACUUAUCCGAAGCUGAUCGGAAUCGAUAAAUCGAAAGAAUUUGCUGAGAAAUUGAAUAGGGAAGCUCAAGAACAGCUUGCUGGAUUUGAUCCUCAAAAGUCUGCUCCAUUGAUUGCUUUGGCUAAUUACAUUGCUUAUAGGGAUAAUUGAUGUGUUUGUCAGUUGUAAUUCUCUGUCAUUUUAAGGAACUUAAUAUAAUUAUACUAAUGGAAUUCCAGUUGAUUUUCAUGCAUAUAGUGCAUUUGAAGAUUGAUAUGGAUUAUCGAAGUUGAGCUUGUAGUUGUAUCAAUAUUCUUGAAUGUAAAAUGAUUGAUUAUAUUUCUCUA